AAUACGCUUAAACUGGUUAGCUAGCGCAUAGCCAGCGUUGUAAUUACAACAAAAGAAAAGAAUUUCAAUAACCGCUAGGUGUCCCAAAUUUGCGGAGGAACUCAGCACGUAAUAAUCUCACAGGCGAACGAACCACCACUUGUUGGAAAGCAAAGGCAGAUUUUUACGGAAGCAUCGUAGCGUGUUUAAGGGAUCGAGUGUCAAAGUACAAGAAAUCUCUCAGAAGAGAAAAAGAACGAUGGAAUUUAACGUUAAGAAAUUUGUGGGAGAUGCGGGAACUUUGUUUACUCGCGCAGUUCAGUUUACUGAAGAAAAGUUGGGUACCUCUGAAAAGACAGAGCUAGAUGCUCACUUUGAAAAUCUUUCUCAAAGAUGUGAUUUAACCAAGUCCUGGACUGAAAAAUUGGUCAGGGAUGUUGAUUCAGUUCUCACACCUAACCCAGGAAACAGAGUGGAAGAUUUUUUAAUGGACAAGAUUGAAAGAAGGCGAUUAGCUCGUCUUUCCAAUUUGGAUUAUUUAGGUGUGGACAUGGUUGAGGCUGGCAAUGAUUUAGGACCAGGCACUUUAUAUGGUAGUACUUUGCUGAAAGUGGGACUGUGUCAGCAAAAACUGGGAGCUCUUGAACGUGAUUUUGCUACUUCUGCUACUCAAGCAUUUGUGGAUCCAUUGAAAAAGUUCAUGGAAAGUGACCUGAAAUCAAUAUUAAGAGAAAGAAAGCUACUUGAAUCUAAGCGCCUGGAUCUGGAUGCUGCAAAAAAUCGCCUAAGAAAAUCAAAGACACAAUCAAGUCAACAAACAGCAGAACAAGAGGUUAACUUAGCACAGGUAGAAUUUGAUAGACAGUCUGAGGUAACUAGACUGCUGCUUGAGGGCAUAGGACCUGCUCACACAUCUCACUGCAAACACCUCCAAGACUUUGCAGCAGCUCAAGCAAGGUAUUUUUUGGCUUGCAGUGCAACCCUCCAACAACUUCAAAAGGAAUUGGGUGCCCUUAGUUUGCAAGUGAGCACUACUGAUAUUACUUUAAACAGCCCGACUUCUCUUGGAUUACCAGAACGUAGAAAAGCCCGUGUCAUUUGUGAUUACGACAGCCAGGAUGCUACUGAAUUAUCACUGAUAGCUGGCGAGAUCAUUGAUGUGGUAAGCACAUUUCCUACUGACCCUGAUUUUGUGCAAGCUGAGCGCGGACAACAAUCUGGGAAAAUUCCAUCUAGUUACCUGGAAUUCAUUGAUCCUACAUGUUAAUGUAAAUAUAUCAACAUUGAAAUUUAAUUUGUAAAGAUGGGAUAAAUAUAGAAAUUGAUUUCCAUGAA